UAAAAAUGGAAACUUUAUCUAAAUCUUCAGAAGUGUUUACUAAGCUUGGAUGUCUUAGUACAAUCAUCUCUUUUGCAGGCUUAUGAAAGGAGACUCAUCAGUUCUUGGCCCUAAGUUGUAGAGAAAUAAACAACUUCUAUCUGGAAUGGUUGCCAAAGUUGGAAAAGAAAAAUAUGAGUUCCCUUACUCUUGAAGAAUCUUGCCUUUAUUCCCAGGCUUCAAUUAACCAUGACCAAAGGUUUGCCUGGGAAGUCAAGAUCUUACUAAUCGAGAGACUUGAAGAAGAGACAGUAGAAAUAUUACUUAAAACAUGAUUCUGGAAGCAUUAUAUACUUGACCUUACAUUUUGGAAUGCUAGCACAAUACAGAACAUGAUAGAAAUCAUAUCUAGAUCUGAAGAAUUCAAUUCAAACAAUAUACAUCAGAUCAGGGUCAGAUGGCAAAACAAUGAAGAAUUCCAACAAGCCUGGGGUGAGUUUUGCGAUGAGCUGGCAUUGAGAGAGAUAGAUUAUAGAAAACUGAAGAUUCACUACUUUCAAGAUCAAAUGUACAAAGAAGAUGCUAAGAAUCCUGGAAAGGGAAAAUACUUGCUAAUGCUUACCAAGGCAGCUCAUUUUAAAUAAAAUGAAGACCAAGACACUGCAUCACAUUGAUUCAAUGACCUUAACGAAAUGGAACCAGAUUAAGUCUCUUUUAGACGAUUGAAAUUGGAGAGUAAACCAGCUCCAUUUAUCUGCUUCAAAUCUUCUAAAUUUUGCUCAAAUAGGAGGUUUAAAGAAGAGCUGAUUGGAUUAUAUUAAUACACUCUUCUUUUCUAUUGAUCUGCCAUACUCAGACACAGACCUUGGUAUCUUGGCUUCCUUUACAGCAUUGUUUAAAGGGGAAAAGAAAAUCAAUGUCUGAGUUGAGCAAGCAGAGGAAAACAUAGAGGCUGUAUUCCAUCACUUUGGAGAAAAUUGCACAAUAACACUUCCAGGAAAAGAACACUGCAUAAUUGAGAAUUGAGAAAUUUAUUACAAAAGAAACUCAAUAUUUUACAGAUAUACAGCUGAAAAGUUGCAUCUGUCGAUCCAUUCAGAUUGAUUUUGUAAAAACACAGUUGAAAGCCCUGACUUCAUAAGUCUCAGCUACUCAUGUGACUUUGUCCCUUCUGGGAGUGAUAAAGGGAAAAUAGAAACUUUACAAACUCCUGACCAAGAUGUUUUAGAAUAUUUUUCCAAUAGUAUUAGGCAGACAAAUUUUAUUGCUUUGAGAAACAAAAAUUUAUCCACUCAUCUAAUUAUGAGGAGAGGUAGUUGAAAAUGUCACUUUGGAUAUCUAAAUAUUACUAAAGUAGGAUCCUUAUACAUAACGCACAACCAAUGGACAAAUGAGGACUUGGAGGUCUUGAGUCUUCCAAAGCUCAAUAGAAAGACCAUCCUCUGAUUAUCUGUUCACAACAGGAUGAACUUCAGCCAGAUCUUAAAUUCCUCCUAUUUCCUCAAAUUCUCUAGAAUCCAGAUUGAGAUGGCACUGAAAAGGUUAGGUGUUGAUCUAAAAUUCUUUGGAGCCAAACUAGAAAGCUUGUAUAAUGAAAAGAAGAUGAAAGAGAUAAUUUUCAAGAUCUACAUACAUCCAAACCUCCAUUACACAAUAGUUCUGCAAAGAAGGUACAAAGAGUUCUGGAGGGAGUUCAUUGAUAACCUAGCAACUUGUGAGAGUCCUAAAGCUCUGAAGGAGUUACUCCAGAGGUAUUAUAAGACUUAUAAUCCUCUGUGUGUCUUUCAGAUUCCAAAAUUCUCUUAA